AUGAUGUUGAGUCAAUAUCUUAGUCUGGCCUGUAAUUGUCUUUUGACCAUUUCUACGGUAUCGCUGCGUAGCUACGAUGGCGCCCAUUCUUGUGGUGGAACCAUAUCUCCAAUAUUUGUGAUGACUGCUGCACAUUGCACCAAUGGACCUGCAGAAACGCUAUCGAUUCAGUUUGGAGUGACCAAUAUUAAUAUCAACGGACCGAAUGUAGUGGGCAUAAAGAAAAUUAUCCAGCACGAGGAUUUCGAUCCGAGUCGUCAAAAUGCCAACGAUAUUUCGCUGAUGAUGGUUGAGGAACCCUUCGAGUUUGAUGGGGUUUCUGUGGCUCCCGUAGAACUGCCAACUUUGGCUUUUGCUGUCCCCCAACCAGAUGCUGGAGCUGAGGGUGUGCUUAUCGGCUGGGGCCUCAAUGCGACCUAUGGAAGUGUCCAGACCACCCUGCAGGAGGUAUCCCUCAAGAUCUACUCCGAUGAGGAGUGCACCGCACGACACGGUGGCCAAACGGAUCCCAGAUAUCACAUCUGUGGGGGCGUGGACGAGGGCGGCAAGGGCCAGUGCAGUGGGGAUUCCGGUGGUCCUCUGAUCUACAAUGGUCAGCAGGUGGGCAUCAUGUUCUGGAGCAUCAAGCCCUGCACCGGCCCCUAUCCGGGUGUCUUCUGUAAGGUUAGCGAGUACAUUGACUGGAUCAAACACAACUCAAAUUAGUCACAAAGACCAUUGUUCCAUAAAUUCAAAGUUAAUGCACUUAAUAAAUAAUGAGAUUGUUAGCCAU